CUGCAGCCGUCCAGAGCGUCUCCCCAGCGCGGCCCUUGCAGCUGCCCAGCCCUCCUCCCAGCGGCCGCCGCUUUUCUUCCUGCCCAUCCUCGGACUCGGAGUCUCGGAAGGAAGCUCGCCUUGUUGCCAGCCGGGAUGUCUGCGCCGCCGGAUCGCCAGAGCUCCGCGGAGCACCGGAUUGGGGACGGCGCGGAAGACGAGAGCGCAGCCGGAGCUGCUGCUCCGAGGCGCUGGGACCGAGAAAGGGUGCCGGCGUCGCAGCAGCAGCCGGCCGCGGCGUUCGGCUUCGCGAAGGAACCCCCGCCCGUUGCCAUGGCGACUGCAGCCACAGGAGGUAUGGCAGCCUCUCAUCUCUAUGAUUUCAGUUCUUCAAAGUCUCCGGACAGAGGCAAUGGCUCCUUUUACACCUCCCUGAUUUCUGAUGACCUCUAUACAUCCCCUCAGGAUUCCUCUUAUUUCACCGGAAUUCAGCCCAAAGGGGACGUCCAUGUGACUACUUCAGACAGUAUGGAGGGAUUUCAUGUCCAGGAUGGGAUUUCUUUUGAAUCUCGUGGUUUAUUCAGCUCCGAUUCGGGAAUAGAGAUGACCCCAGCCGAAUGCACCGACAUCAACAAAACCUUAGCUGAUUCCACGGAACAGAUGAAAUCAGAAGCUUAUAAAUACAUGGACAUCAGUCGAUCAGAAGAGAUCAAAUACCAAGAGAGGUGUGACACAGGCUUGGGAGAUGUGGGCCCUCCAAGUUUGUCAAAUAAGUGCCAAGAGGAUCUAACUGGAGCUAAGGGAACAGCUGCUGAGGGGAAAGGGAGAGGUCUAUCGGAGGGGUCAACUUUUGCAUCGGAAAUGUUUGGUGACCAUCAAUACCGUGCCUCAGUGACAGCACCGGUCAAGAUUACAUUUACUGAGAUAGAAAGUGUAGAGGAGUCUGUUACGCAGGAGAGAAGUCCAGAAAAACAAGAGGUAGGCCUCAAACCAAGCCAUGAAGUCGUUCCAACGGUGACUGUGUCUGAGCCAGAAGAUGACAGCCCAGGGUCUAUAACACCACCUUCUUCAGGAACAGAACCAUCUGGCUCAGAGUCUCAAGGGAAAGGAAGCCUAUCAGAAGAGGAACUCAUCAGUGCCAUUAAAGAAGCAAAAGGCUUUGCCCAUCAUGAGCUGCCUGAAGGCCAACGACCUGCAGCUGUUGCCCCAGAGAGACGAGAUCCAAAAAGCAAGGUGGCAGGACUCCCAGCUGGUGGCGCUCCCUUAGAUAAUGAAGUGAGCAGUGCUGAGUCUGGUGAUUCCGAGAUCGAGCUGGUCUCGGAAGACCCACUCGCGGCCGAAGAGGUUCUCCACUCCAAUUAUAUGACCUUCAGCCAUGCCGGAGGCCCACCUCCUUCCCCAGCUUCUCCUUCGAUACAGUACAGCAUUUUGAGGGAAGAGCGGGAGGCCGAACUGGACAGCGAGCUCAUCAUUGAGUCGUGUGAUGCUUCGUCGGCCUCUGAGGAGAGUCCUAAGCGGGAGCACGACUCUCCCUUAAUGAAACCGAUUAUUAUGGACAUUAUUCAGGAAGAGAACCAUUCCAGAAAUGAAAGCCGCGGGGCCUCAAAUUACAACGUAAGUAGCUCCAAGGAGAGCAGGAUGAACAGGGAAAACCUAGCUGACUCUGCCUCCUACCUAAAGUGUUCCUUUGCUGCACCUAAAGUUAGCGUUGAUCCACCUUCUUCCUCUGCUGUCAGUGUUGAAGAGACAAAGGACAAAGUAGCGCAGAAGAAAUCAGCAGAGGUGGCAGCCACGGUUACCGCCAACCAACCACCUUCCAAGGGCUCAGUGGGAAGAAGUCCCUGGCCUUCUCCACCACUGCCAAUUUUAAAUAAGCAAAAAGCGAUUGACCUGUUGUACUGGCGCGACAUCAAGCAGACGGGCAUCAUGUUCGGGAGUGUCCUGCUGUUGCUCUUCUCUCUGACCCAGUUCAGCGUCGUCAGCGUGAUCGCCUACCUGGCACUCGCAGCUCUCUCGGCCACCAUUAGCUUCAGAAUCUACAAGUCAGUCCUCCAGGCUGUGCAAAAAACUGACGAAGGCCACCCGUUCAAAAGCUACUUGGAAAUGGAAAUGUCUCUCUCCCAGGAACAGAUUCAGAAGUACACAGAUUGCCUCCAGUCUUAUGUGAACAGCACAGUCAAAGAACUCAGGCGGCUUUUCCUUGUACAGGAUUUGGUGGAUUCCUUAAAAUUUGCAGUUCUAAUGUGGCUGUUGACUUAUGUUGGAGCUCUCUUCAAUGGCCUGACUCUUCUGAUAAUGGCUGUGGUCUCGAUGUUUACUCUUCCUGUCGUAUACGACAAGUACCAGGCACAGAUUGACCAAUACUUGGGACUUAUGAGGACCCACAUAAAUACUGUUGUGGCGAAGAUCCAAGCAAAAAUCCCGGGUGCUAAGAGGAAGGCUGAGUAAAGGCAACAGCAGAAAUUCAUCAGCUACACAAGUGAUUGAUGAGGGAGUCUGGGAUGAAAACAGCUCUGUUCUUACUUUUUACUGCAUAAUUUAUUGUUUCUCUCUCUCUCUCUCUCUCUCUCUCUCUCUCUCUCUCUCUCUCUCUCUCUCUCUCUCUCUCUCAGAGACAUAAUACAAACAGAGUGUGUCCCUCAGCCGCCAGGUGAAUCUGGCUUCCUCCUCCUGGCUUUGCCACUGAAGUGACAGGUGUGCAUGCCAGGGAACUGAAUGUUGGCUUAGUUGUCAGUCUUGGUCUCUCCCCCACCCCACCUUUUUAGGUGGACUGGCUGCCUUUUAAAGAAAAAUACAAAACACUGCUUGAAUGCUCAUGCAUUUAUCUGUCCAUUUAUUGCCUUAUUAAUUGAAACAAAGGCAUAUAUAUAUAUAUUAUUCUUAGGGAGGGGAGCUGUUUUGGGGUGACAUCAGAGAGAAGAAGCCAGUCAGCCUUGUGCCCAGGAAGUUUCUGCUCUCAGCCUGCUUUUUAAAGCGUUAAAUUGAAUACAGCAGGGGUUCUCAAACUUGAGUCCCCAGAUAUUGUGGGACUACAACUCCCAUCAUCCCCAGCCAUAAUGGCCUUUGAAGAUGAUGGGAGUUGUAGUCCCACAACAUGCAGGGACCCAAGUUUGAGAACCCCAGGAAUACAAUGAGACUGAACAGAGUGAGAACACUUCGAGUGGUCCCACUGCUCUAAAAGCAUUACAUCUGUCUUCACCCCCCCUCUCUCUAUCAUACACCAUGAUCUCAGAGAUGUGAAGCAAUGAAGCAGCUGUUUCCCCUCCCCUCUCCUGCUGUUUCUGUACUCUCUAGACUAUUUGCAAUCAUGUGUGUCAAGCACUAAAGUAUAGUAAAGAGAAAAGUGUUCUAGGUGUGGUUCUUGUGUUGCUUCUCAAGUGCAUGAUGGUAAAAGCCUAAAAAUACUAUUGAACUUUCUACUUUUUAUUUCCUCGUGCUUCUACUACUACUACUCUACGACUAUUACUUCUUCUUCUAUUGGCAUUGCUUCGAUAACUUUUAAUGUUACGUGUGGCUAGGGCUUUCCUGCUUAGUGCACCAAUGCAGUUUUGCUUCUAUGUCCACUGGGGUCGCUGGUUGGGUUCACCUUUACUAACUAUCUAGAACUGUAGACUGAAGUCUUUAUAUGUGUGUGUUUUCCCCAGCACAAGUAAUAACAACAAAAGAGCAAUCAGUACUUAUAUGGCAUAAUCCAUUUUGUAUAACUCUCUGAAAGUGACAAUAAAUUAAACAAACCAACCGACCCCAGUACUUUUUUGUUCUUAAGGGAUCAACGGGCUGAUAUACAUGUAUGGGGACUGCAAAGACUUCCGGCGUGUUACAUGUAUCACAGAUUUGUAUGACGUUCUCUGUAGAACUUAAUUAUGAACUCUGAAUAUUUGCACUUAUGUACUUGAUACCGAAUGCAGAAAUAAAUGUUCCUAAAUGUUAAAAAGAA